CCCCCCUCCAUCUUUCGACAGCCCGCUUGUCCGUGAAGACGGAUUCGCGGUUUCUUGGAUAGCUGCAAAGUCCCCCUCACCAUUGGCUGCAUUGGCUCCGCCACAGCCACCCUCUCGCUGUGACCUGUAAUCAGCCGGCUACAUCCAACCGCGCUGACACAGCCUCGAACCACAUCCUGCGCCAAACAGUCGCCCGCUGCUCCAGGGCGCCCCCAAAGCCCACAGCAAGGGUGUGUUGAGCAUCGGCAAAGAACCACGCAGCUUUGGUUUCAUCACGCCCCCUCCCUCGCUAGCCCUACAGCCUCUCACGCUCGCUACCCCUGUUCCUCCCGCUAAACGACAUCGUCCUCACCGGCGACUCGUGGGCAUUCUUUUCUCUCGCUUACUUCUUUGAGCCUUAACCUUUAAUAAGCCUUCGCAAUGGCUGGCCCUGGUGGUGGUCCUCCUCGACGGAGUCACACCAAGUCCCGCAAGGGAUGUGAGACCUGUAAACGCCGACACAUCCGCUGUGAUGAAACCUUCCCCCAAUGUCGCAACUGCACCAAGCACAAGAUCCGGUGCCCCUACAAUGACAUCCCCGUCUCUGAUGAGCGGUCAACCUCGCCUGACCGGCCGGAUCUCAUGUGGACUCCUGAGAUCGAGACAACCAUCGAGCAAUGGCAGCGGACGGGAAUCUUCCCGUUCCCUCAGAUGAACAUCUACCCGGCUCCCAAUCCGCAGGUUCUCACAAUCGAGGACCUGCGUCUCAUCCACCACGUGGCGUCCAUCAGCCAUCAGAUGCUUCGCAUCGACGCUGACGGCUUUACCCUGUGGACUCGUCAGAUCCCUACGCUCAUCAGAAUUGGUGCCACCAACAGCUAUGUCAUGCAUGCCCUGCUUGCCUUCUCGGCCAUGCACAUCGCCUUCUUGACCGACUGCCCUCUGGUCGGCAACAUGGCGUAUGAGCACAGGGGUGUCGCUCUCAAGGGGCUUCAGGAGGCCAUCGGUACCUUCUCGAGGGAGACGUCGGACGCUGUUCUCGCCGCCUCGCUUGUGCUCUCAUGGCAGGCUACAGACUGGCGGAGCUGGACUCAACUCAUGCAGGGGACUCGUUCGGUCAUGGAGGCUAUGGAUCCUUGGAAGCACGAGUCCCAGUUCGGUGACUUCAUUGCCGAGAGCAGCACCUUUCCCACGGCGCCUCCGUCGCCGACGCCGGACCACAAGCCCAGCCAGCCCCACCAGGAGGACAUUGAUGCUUUCCAGCGGACGCUCCAGCAGCUGCAGAAGCUCGAGGCUCACCUCAAGCACAAUCACGAGGACCACAAGUCGGUUGCGCAGCUGAUCACCUUCCUCAAGGGCGCUCGCAAGGUCAGCCCGGCCUUCAACGUCGCCUCGCAGUUCGAGCGCCUCAGGGAUCUCAGGACCUGGCUCUUCUGGCUGCCCGUCGAGUUUCUGCAGCAGACCAACGGGUCGGCCAGUGCCCUGCUCAUCAUCGCACACUACUACACGGUGGCCCUCGUCAUGGAGCGCCUCUUCCCCGAGAUCGGCGCUGCCUACUUUGGCAGUCUGUCGCUGGGCCCUGUCGAGGAGAUUGCGCGGCGCCUGCUCUCGUUCAACGUGUCGGGCAACCUGGAGGGCGUGUCGUCGCCUCUGCCGCUGAUGGAGUUCCCCAUCGAGACGGUCAGCGAGUUCCGCUCGCGCAUGGGGUGGGCUCAUCCUGUCCGCACGCCCUCGUUUCCGCAGUUCGACCCGCCCAACUUCUACAUGCACGAGAACUCGGGCAUGGCCAUGCCUCCGGUCACGACGGCGGCGUAUGGGCCGUAUGGCGACACGCCGGCCUUCAGCUACAGCACCGAGGACUUGUCCGUCAUCACCCAUGACGGCCUCCCACCCGUGUCGGCGCCGGCCAGUGCCGUCAGCCCGCUGCAGCUGUCGUCGCCCUACGCCAACCACCAGUACCUCAACAUCCCCAGUCCCUCGUACGGUGGCUACAGCCCGGCGUCGAGCAGCUUCGGCGGCGACUUCAACGACUUUGGCGAGUUUGGCGAAACCUCGUCCAUCGGCUACAGUGACCACGAGGACUUUGCGUCGUAUGACAUGGGCCUCGCUGCCGGCACCCCGAUGGGUGGUUCGAGCAGCUUUGGAGUCGGGUUCGUUCCUUCCGCCCAGCCCCUGUGGAUCUAGACCUCCCGAGACCCUCCACACCCCAUCCACCUCCGCCGAAGCACGCCGGUGCCGGCCGUUGUCCGCCUUCGCCGACGAACGCCCGAACCGCGACGGAGCUUCAGCCACGCGGACUUUCCGAGCUCUGAUGAUUGACUUUGGCCCCCCAGGACUCCGACUUGGUUGAGCACCACUCCAACUUUCCCGCCUCCUGAAGAUGCGCUGUCGUUGCUGUCUUCCUCGCUCCCCGCCCCGGCUCCGUCUCCUUUUCUGAAUCCCGAGCAGUUCGCCUCUCUGCCUGCUCCCGAGUCGCCUGUGCCCCGUCUCUCGGUGCCCUCGCACCGUCAGAACCCAUCCAUCUCGUCUGUCGCCUCGGCGCCUCCGUCCAUGAUGGACUUUGCUCCCUCCUUCUCACCCGCGCCCAACCAGAGGCAGGCAUAGCGCGCACCCUCGACUUUCGCUUUACUUUGGCUUCGCUUUUCCUUGAUCCACCCGCUUCCUGCUAUUUGGCUCGCGCAACUCGCUUGGUGUUUUCUGGCACUUCCUUUUCCGGCUCUCGAUGGACUCGACGGCCGCCUGUUCUCGGCUUGGUCCAUACCACUACGCGACCACCCACCGCCCAUUUAAUACCGCCUUGGACAACAGACGCAAAUGUAUACCACGCUCCCUACAACCCGAUCGAUCUCGGCAUCACGACCCUUCACACACCCACGACUGCCCGGCGCAACCACGAACAGCCGCAUCCAACUUGACGACACUCCUUAGUACGAAAGCAAUCGCCGCUGCGCACACAGCCGCACCGCGUUGCAUAAUUCCCACAAGACGCUCCUUUGUCACCACAACCAGAGAUACCCAACAUAGACAUUCCUUUUUCUUAUCUGGCCACGGAUGGACACAUACAGGUUAUUACCCAACAUAGACGCUCCUUUGACGACCUUGACGACCACGGCACCGCGCCAUGUCGCACCGCCUUAAUAUCCACACCACACUCCUUACGCAAGCACAACUGGUUUUGCACUUUUACGACGAUCAUGAUACCCAACCUGCAUAGCGACUGUUGUUUUUGUUUUUUGUUGUUGUUUUACUACGGGGGCAAUAUCUCUAACAUUUGUAUUUUUGGAUUCCUACUUGGGGAGUAUUAAAAUAAGUUUUCGGUAAUGGAUGGAGGGAUAUUUUCGUCAUCUGGACGAAUGCAUUGGGCGGCGUUAAUAUUUCCAUAUUCGAGUAUUGUUCACUACCAUAAUAACCGCAAUCUGGAAGCUUUUUCGCGAUCACUUCUGUCUCUCUGUUUAUCUAGUGUGGAUUUGUGAUGGACAACGCAAGAGCGUGACUGAUGAGCUUCUUUGGACUCGGCCAGUUCCUGGGUCGGACCCUUGGUUAGCCAUCUCUUGUCGAUACAAUAAUGUUGGUUAUGGUUGCCUGAAUGUACACACUGAGGGGAUCUCCGGUAAGGUCCACAGGAUACGCCUUGUCGGUGUCCCCGCUAGUGGCCUGUAUAUGUAAACAGAAGUUAUCUCUACCUUGGUCUGAACAUUUAGUCUUGGUCCAUGUCGCCAAAGUCUCGCG